AUGGCUGCGACGACUGCAGUGCUAACCCCCCCAAACCGCCAAUUCUGUCUCAGUGGAAUGCUUUCUGAAGUAACAGGCAGCACAACCUCUCCGUGGGAGGCCUCCGAAGCACCGCCGCCCAAGUCGAGCAGCUCCAGCGCUCGGGCAGCGCCCGGUUCCAUUGCAGAUGCGGUCCGCAUGGCUUCUCAUGCUCUUAAGAAAGCCUACAUUGAGCUGGGUGAGUGGCACAGGAAAUCAGGGGAAAACUCCGGGAACGCGAAGCCAGGAGAAAAGGAGGAUCACUGUAUCGGCGCGGGGGUUGAUCCAGUGUCAAACGAUAGGCGUGCACCGUAG